AUGCAGAUCAACAUUUUGCGAUGGAUUCGGUCUAGACAAGCAGAUCCUGCCCAUGCCGACGCUCCGCUGGCUGAGCAAGCCCACUACCUCCUUCAAAAUGGCUCCUGGCUGCAGAAGCUUCGUGGAUUGCCCUCUGAGGUGAAGGCGUGGCUGCUCGAGCGCGCUGCUCGAGGAGCCUGCCUAAGUGAUGUCUGGUUGACAGAUUGGGUCGAGCUUGCAGACAAGCUCAUCGCCCGAUGUGGCUCCCAAAACGAUCGUCUGAGCUGGGAACCGCUCGGGGCCGUGGCUGCAGUGCGACUUGCAGCUCGAUCGGUGCUUGUCGGCGCUGAGGAGCUCGAGUCCCUGGCUUGGACCAUUGAGCUCUUGAAGCCAAGGCGGCAAGCUACAGAGUUUAUGAAGUCUGUGGUGAAUGCCCUGGACGAUGGUGACGAGGAGGCAGAUGACCCUGGUGAUGAGCUGUCCGGUGCGUUUGCGGGAGCCUUCCAGGACGUGCUCCAGGGAUUGACCCACCUGGGCCGAAUCCUGCAACUGGAGUCCACGCCCUGGGCCUUGCAGCCGAAGGACUGCUUUGAUGCGGUUCUUUUCCUGAAGCUGUUGGCACGCAGCCGGGGCGGAGGCCUCCGGAGCCUGGCACGGCGCCGGGACAGAGGCCGAAGAGGGACUGGGCUGUCCUUGGCUGCGACAAAGGCAUCGCGCUUGGCACGGCUGUUGACAAAUGUUACGCCGCUGAUGGACGAUUCCGAAAGCGAACGGCUGGAGAAGCUCUCGAUCUUGAAAGAGAGAGAAGAGGAAAUAGUCAACGAGAGUGUCCCUGAAGACAACAUCCAGGACGCGAAGCAUCCGACGCUCACUGUGUGGAACCCUUCCUGA